GAGGGGCCUCGAUGGGCAGCCGCGCCUCCUCAACGCCGCCCCUCAUAGACUAGGCGCGCGGGCACCCGGACAUGUCGGCCUGUCACGGCUCGGAGAGGUUGCAAGAUUACCUAGAUGAAAGCUGUCAAGGACAAUCAUCACACAACACCUCGUUCAUUCCAUCAUUUACACCAUAUCCGAUGGAUAAACCCUUUAUCAAUGCUGACUUGAGACGAUGUCCUGAUGAUCCUAUUUUUGCAUAUCCAGAAACUAAUAGCAGAGCGGUACUUUCAGCUUUAAAAAAUCUUCAGGAGAAGAUCCGAAAAUUGGAGCUGGAGCGAAUACAGGCCGAGGAAAACAUGAAACGUCUCUCUGAAGAAACAGCAGAGUACAAAAAAGUGCUAGAUAAGGAGAAACGGAGGGAGGGUAACAUGCGGACAGUAUCGCAGCACAAUCAAGAAAAUGAACAUUGGAACCUAGAACUAUCAGCACAGUUAGCAUCAGCAGAGUCUCGCUGUAACCUGUUGGAAAAACAGCUGGAAUACAUGAGGCAUAUGGUGCAGAAUGCUGAAAUGAAUAAGACCACAGUUCUGCAGAGACAGGCAUCUUUAGAAAAUAGGGGCUGUGUGAGUGGCCUGGAUCUACAAGCAAGACUUGAAAAACUUGACUUGCUUGAACGGGAGUACUUUAAACUCACAACAACACAGACUGCAGCAGAGAGGAAAAUUUGUGUAUUGGAGCAGAAGUUACGAGAAGAAGAGCACCAACGGAAACUGGUGCAAGAUAAAGCUGCACAGUUGCAGACUGGCCUAGAAACCAAUAGAAUUUUGCUACAAGCAGUGUCACCUACACCACCAAAAAUUCAAAAACCAAAGAAAAAGAAAAAGCAGCCAAUCAAGAAUGCUUGUACAAACCAAUUCCAUGCUCAGCCCCAUUACCGGCUCAGCUUAGGUGAUGUGCCAUUUGUAGCAGGGAAGUCAGCUAGUCCAAGCCAUUCAGUUCGUGCUAAUGUCCAGCAUGUCUUGCACCUACUGAAGCAACACAACAGGAUCUUGUGCAAUGAGCAAGUGGUCAAUGAACAGCCUAUGGUCAGGUUCAUAGAAUGCAGCAAGUCCAAUAAGAUGUCUCAAGCUUCAUCCACUGUAUCUUCAACUCUCCAUGAGGAGUUGUGUGAACUGCUGUUGACAUUACAAGAUGAAUUUGGACAAAUGAGCUUCGAACACCAAGAGUUGGUAAAACAGAUUCAAGAAGCUCAGACAGAUUGCAUACGAGAUGACUUGGAGCGAGAGUUAGAAGCAUUGGUGAAAAGGAUGGAAGCAAAAGGGGAUCAGAUCGCGAAAGUCCACAAGCAUCAAGCUUCGCUUCGUAAAUUGAAGGAAACUAGAAGAAAAAAACAAUCUGCCAGUAAAGGAUCAAGUAACAAAAGGACUGGAAAUGGUAGUGAGAGUGAAGUAAAAGUCACAACAACUGUAACAACUAGAGGAAAGGAUGCAGUUGGUAUUAAAGUGCGACCAGGAGAUAAAAGCAGGGGGAGUCUUCGCUUAUUGAAAGACAUGCAGAUUCUACAAACUACUCUUCAAAAAGAUGAUGUCAGUUGGGGUUACUGACUCAUUUGAUCAACUUUUGGAAGUGGUAGCUUUUUCCCCUUCUCCAAACACUUUGUUUACAUCAGCUUUUGUAUUAUAUAAUUUUACGAUUUCAUUCUAGCCUUUUUUAAAAAAAUUAAAGUAUAAGCUUCUGAAUGUGAGGGUUAAGUACCUGAAUUCACAAAUGGGAAACUGUAUUUCACUCAUCGUGAAUGGGGUGGGGAGCAAUUGAACACCUGCAAUAAUGACAUGACCAUUUCAAAAUCAAUCUACAUUCGUUGUCCCCUUCCAAAUUAUGAAAGCUAAGCUUCACACACAUCCUUCAGGGUGAAUGACUUCGAGAACCACCUUAGCUAUGUGUACUUAUCUGGCUUAUGCAAAUACUGCUUUUUGUGGUUCAACUUGACUCAUUUUGUGAAAUAAUUUCACUGAAAACUAUUUCCAGUAUUACACAGAAAAUCAUUCGGCCAUAGCUGAAUCUGAAGACUUAUUGGUAAUGCCCCUUAGAUUUGUGUAGACGCUCAGGAAAUCUGUUCCUUCUAUGUGGUCAAAAUUUUGAAUCUCAGUAAUGUAUUGACUUUUAAAGUUGAACUUUGCUUAUAUCAAUGUAUCUCUGGUAACUGUGAAUUAUUAUGCAUGCAUGUUUUAAACAGUCUAAUACAGUGGAAACUCACUAAGGUCAACAAACUCAGGAAUUUGGACCAUAUUAGUGGGUUGAUGUCACCCAUGAGUUUAUAUUGCUGUAUUUUGUGAUAAUGUUGAAAUAAGUGAUUGCAAUAAAACAUUUGUGGGGUGACCUUAAGGUGAGUUUUCACUUUAUUUGAAAUUUUAUGGACCAUGUUAAAUUUUAGCAUAAUGAAAUCCCUAUUUUAUAUUUUGGAAGUUCUACUGCCCUAUAUAUGGUGGAUGUUACCAGUUAUUUCAAUAUUGUAAUUUUAUGUAAAAACAUCGAAUCUUUUGAAAAAUUUAUCAAUGUCAGUGCAUAGGAGCUUAAUCUGAUAUCCCUCUUGGUUGAUUUUAGUGUAACUUGAUAGCUCAGCCUUUCGUCUUUAUGCAGAUUUGAGUCUUCCUUAAGGAUACUAGCAGUUUUAUAUUUAUAAGGGCCAAACACUGGAAGAAUUGACGGACUGAAACAGAUGUAUUACAGGUGGGCUUUUGAAGCAACUAGCUAUUUAUUGGCCACCAAACUUGAAUCUAGUAGCCAACCAACUAAUUUUUGGGGGUUGAAUUUUUCUUAAUUCAUGGCCAAACCAUGGGUAUUGCAGUUGGUAGCUACUGGAACGAGGGAUUGAUUGAUGCGGGUGUUUAGUUGGUCACUUCUUGAUGCCCCAAAAGUGCCUGUGGACCAAUACAUUACACUGGUGUUCUAGGUGUUCUGAAAUAUGCUUUUAGGGUUUUGGAAAUGUAAUUUGUGUUCAUAUUAUUUAUCGCAUUAGAAUAAACANUUUUUUUAAAGGCUGAACUAUUUGUAAUGCUGAAGCACAGUUAAUAAUUCAAACAUGCAAUCAAUAUACUCUGGCAGUUCCAAUUUGGAUUACCAUUGAAGGCCAAUGCAAACUUUGUGUGUAUUCGAGCAUUUUUUCAUAAAUACCCCAAACUUGUUUAUGUUGUGA